AUGAUUAAUCCGGGCGAUAGGAUCAACAUACCGUGUAGUGUGGGGCUCACACCGGGUGUUUCGGUGCAAUGGGUUCAGAAUGGAAAACCAAUUCUGUUGGACUUCAGUACAACUCAGAGACGGCACUGGAAUAUCACGAACGAUGGACAGACAGGGCUGACCAUCAAUCGAGUGACCAAAAUAGAUGAGGGUUUGUGGGAGUGCUGGGAACUGGACAGCCGGGGAAGUGUCAAACAGAAGGCUCUCGUCAUGAGAUUAGUUGUCACCAAUAUACCGGAAGAGCCGUACAUCGAGUUUGAAGGCAAACGAAUGCCAAACCACUCGACGCUAACUAUACGCGAGAAUACUGUAGUGAACGUGAAUUGUGUGGUAAGGGGGGCCUCACCUCCCGUGCGACAUAUCUUCUGGUAUCUCCAGCACCAGAAUAUCACUCAAGAGAGCAAAAUACUGAUGGAGUACUCGGCCGAGGAGGACGUCUCGCUGGCUAUAAGCCUAUUAACAAUUAAUGCCACACAAGACUAUCACAAGAAAGUAAUUAUAUGUCAAGUAUUUCACGUGUCGUGGCUCAACCCGGUCACUGCCAGUGCCUCAUUCGAUAUACUAUACGUGCCCGCGUUCUCCAUCACUCGUGACCCGGGCUUUGGUUACCCAAUACUGGAAGGAAUGCCCGUCUCGUUAAAGUGCGAUAUAGACGCCAAUCCAUUAUCCGCUGCCAAAUGGCACAGGGAUGCCGAACCCAGUCAAUCAAACGCUAGUCUUCCACAGAUUGAGACCGAGAGCGACGGUACUCUGUAUUUCUCGCACAUAUCAAAGUCGGACACCGGUUGGUAUAAGUGCACGACUGACCACCAAUUUGGACAGUUCUCGUCGUUUGGAUACUAUCUUAAUGUUCGCAAACCCGCCGAACUCCAGGAUUUGGAGCACAUAUUGCGCUCACCAUUAGUGCCGCCGCCGUUGAGCACCGAUACGAUCGAUAAUAAGGAGCGGAUUGUGGCGGACAGUGAGCCCAACGAAGCGGCGCUUAUGAAAGCCUACGAAGCGUCCAAAGAAUCAUUCGAGACGUCCAUCAGUGGCUCAUCUCAUCAGAGAUAUAACGAGCGAAACGGUCCGCAAUCCAUACAACAGCACAGGGAGUGCACCGGAAAUCGCAUCAAUACUGGCGAACCGGUCAUCGAGUCGAUCAAUCGGACGGUCAUAGCGCUGGUGGGCAGUCAGAUAUCAUUAGCCGCCCGGUUCUGCUGUUCGCCACGACCUAAAAAGGUCUAUUGGAUUCACCGGCACUUAGCACUCAUGCCUAAGCGCACGAUCGGCCCCUACACUACCAAAGAAUUAAUUAUGACAAGUGAUUCAAUGAAUUGCUUUACGUCGACGUUUGAGAUAUCGUCCGUAAAGCCCGAGGAUUCCGGAGAUAUACUAUUCAUAGUAAUGAACCCAAAAGGCAUCGACAAUGCAUUAGUGUCGGUGAACGUCACAGUCGCCAGUUUCUCAGUGUCUCGAGACUGUAAUGCCUGUACCGGUGAUUGGCCACCCGAUACAGCACAGGCAUCACCAGCUAAUGAAUGGCGGUGUUAUGAGCUGACGAUGGCAUCGGUGGUCACACAUAUAGUUUGUUAA